CACUCGAAAAAGGCCACAAUGCAGUGUCGGAUGCUUUCGCUGGUGCUGUUGUUGGUGCUGUUGCUGAUGCUGAUGCAGGGGCAACUGGGGGCGCUGGCCCAAAAUCCGAUAGAGCAAAUGGCUUUGGGCGCCAUGAGUGUGGCUGGAAACAUUGCGGAGACCAUACAGUCAGGUGCUGCCAUCGAUAGGCAAAUCGGUUUUGAAAAUCCCUUUAUGAGCGUGCGUUCCAAGACGGCGGUAGGCUACGGUCAGGCCAUCAGACCGCGCGGUGCCGAUGACAGCAGCGAUGAGUCCGACGGCAGACGACGCAAGCGGGAGGCGCCGAUGGAGAGGCAGCUGCUGCCACAUCUUCAUCGCACUCGACGGGCGCCCUGCAUGUGGUCCAUGAUGGGGCAGCAGAAAACGGAUGAAGCGGAAGAUGAUGUGGAGGCGCGCAAGAGACGCGCGGCCGCUCGCCGGGCAACGAACAAUGCGCAGCGCACGCGUAAGGUGCGCAAGAAGAAGCACAUUCAGAGCCAGAGACGGAGACGACAGGUGCCUGAGCAACAACAAAUGCUAGGAGAUCAGUUUGGACAGCAGCCACCAAGUUUCGGGCAGCGCUUACAGGGAAUGUGGGUGUCGUUUAUGGACUCUGUGACGGAUGUAAUACAACAAAUACGCAAUAAGGUAGCAGGCAACAACAACAAUCAACAGCAAUAAAUCGAUAAAGACACUUGAAGAUAAAGAUAUUCCCUUAUUUUUAAGCCAAGCAAAUCCAAGUAUUUUAUAGUCUAGCGAAAUCAUAUAAUGAAUAGCUUUAAUGCAGAUUUGAUGUACAUUUUCUAUUGUAGCUGCACCCAUGGCCAUAGCCUUACCUGAGGCAUGGAUUGUAACUAGUUGUUAAGCCUUUUUUUUCUGCUUAUAAAACAUUUUUGUUAUCAAUUUA